GAUGUCCUAGUCCUCUUCUUCCACAGGAUGGUUCAGAAGAACAUAACAAUGUCCCACAGUUUGUGAAUCCAGGUGAAGAUGUGAACAAUAUUAAUCCUACCAAGACAUAUGUGAGGGGCGAUGAUCAGAGUAUAGAGGACAUCCCUACAGAUCACCGUCCAUAUGACUGCACCAGGAGCCCAGAUGGACAUGGGAUAUUAUCACAACAUGCUAUGCUUCAAGAUGUAUAUGAACAGCAUGUCAUUAUCCCAGAUGUAUCCUCAAACUUUCACAGCAAAAAUCCAUCAUCUGAUUCUUUUCAAUGGAUCCGAUCUUCUGAUUUAUCACAGACUGUUAAGCAAGACAAAGAACACAGCAGGGGUGAACAUAAAAGACGGGAGAAGCAAUUUUCAUGUUCAGAAUGUGGGAAAUGUUUUAUCCAGAAAUCAGACCUUGUUAAACAUCUGAGAAGUCACGAAAGGCAGAAGCCAUUUUCAUGCUCACACUGUGAGAAAUGUUAUAGCUACAAAUCAGAUCUUAUUAGACAUCAGAGAAUUCACACAGGGGAGAAGCUGUUGUCAUGCUCUGAAUGUGACAAAUGUUUUAUCACCAAAUCAUAUCUUGUUAGACAUCAAAGACGUCACACAGGGGAGAAGCCAUUUUCAUGUUCAGAAUGUUGCAAAUGCUUUAAACAGAAAUCAGAUCUUGUUAAUCAUCAAAGAAUUCACACGGGUGUGAAGCCGUUUUCAUGCUCAGAAUGUGGAAAAUGUUUUCCUUAUAAAAAAUCUCUUCUUAGCCAUGAAAGAACUCACACAAGGGAGAAGCCAUAUUCACGUUCAGAAUGUGGCAAGUGUUUUAUUAAGAAAUCAGAUCUUGUUAAACAUGAGAGAAUUCACACCGGGGAAAAUCUAUUUUCAUGUUCAGAAUGUGGGAAAGGUUUUAUCCAGAAGCCAGAUCUUGUAAUGCACCAGAGAAUUCACACAGGGGAGAAGCCAUAUUCAUGUUCAGAUUGUGGAAAAUAUUUUACAUUUAAAUCAGCUCUUGUUGUACAUCAGAGAAUUCACACUGGGGAGAAACCAUUUUCAUGUUCAACAUGUGGCAAAUGCUUUGCUUUCAGAAUGUCUUUUGUUGCCCAUCAAAUAACUCAUAAGGGGGAGAAGCCAUUUUCAUGCUCAGAAUGCAAGAAAGGUUUUAACACUAAAUCAGAGCUUGUUAGACAUCAGAGAAUUCACACAGGGGAGAAGACAUUUUCAUGUUCAGAAUGUAAGAAAUGUUUUCACCAUAAAUCACAUCUUGUUAGACAUCAGAGAAUACACACAGGAGAGAAGCCAUUUUCAUGCUCAGAAUGCGAGAAAUGUUUUAAUGCCAAAUCAGAUCUUGUUAGACAUCAGAGAAUUCACACAGGAGAGAAACCAUUUUCAUGCUCGGAAUGUGGGAAAUGUUUUCAUCGGAAAGUAAAUCUUGGUAACCAUCAGAAAACUCAUACAGGGGAAAAGCCAAAGCUUUCAAGUUGCAGUCCAAGCAAGGGCUGCUCUGCCAUGUCUCGAGCCUCGGAUAUGGAGGACGGCCUUUCCAUCUCCGGCUCGAUCGUGUCAAGCCAAGCGGGUCCCUCAUCCCUUCGGAGCUGGACCAUCCCAAAACUAUUGGCUGAGUUAAACUGGAGGGGCAUUCCACACCCGGCCACCGCAAGAAAGGCAGAAUUAUACAAACUGCUCAUGACCAGCCCUAGCACCACGGCGGUGCAACCGGAGGCGUCGGCCAUCCAGUUGUCCCUGGUACAGCUGCAGGUGACCCUGAAUUCCCUGGUGGACUCGGUGACGGACGUUCGGGCUAGAGUUUCGGAGCUCGAAUCCCGGCCACCCGUUGUACCUCCAGCUCCCGUUCCGCUAAUGACCCCAUCUACAUCAGGCUGGCUGGCUACAGGUACGCCAAGACCCAUUCCACAGGUGUCCCCCUCUCACUUCAUUCCUGAUAACCUUAAGAGAGACAUCCUGGCGGGGAAAGAUGUCAAUCUGGCAUCAAUCCUCAUUGCCGCUCAAGAUGUUCCCGAGAACCGGGUCAUCAACUGUGAAGAGUUUUCCAUGCGUUAUUCCUCGGUGGACGACGCCAUCCAGGCCAUCCUGUCGCAUGGUAGGGGCGUGUGGCUGGCAAAAGUUGACAUUGCAGAUGCAUUCAAACUCCUUCCCAUCCUGCCGCAGUUAUGGCAGUUCUACGGUAAUGCCGGAGGCCGAGCCACGCAGAUUUCCCACCCCGCCCUUCAGUUCCCUGACAAUGGACUAAGCAUACUCGUCUCGUCAGCAAGGGACCUGGCGCAGCAGUCCCUUGCCCCAAACACGGCCAGGAACUACCUUUCAGGCCUGAGAACCUUCCAGGAGUUUUCACGUCUGCACCCGCAGGCUGGCCUGGCAGACAUUCCUUACGUCAUGGCCUUCAUCGCCCAUUGUCACCACCAGUUACACCUCUCCUACAACACCAUUAAGUUGUACCUAGCGGGCGUCCAACACCACACCAUGCUCCGCAACCCGGGGGGCGGGUCCAUUCUUUCUGUGCAUGCGGUCAAGGCCACCUUGCGGGGGGUCCAGAAGGGUGGGCCCAAUGCCCCGUCCCGCAGGCAGGGCAUCACGGGGGAGAUGUUCCGGAAGUUAUCUUCAGCCCUGGAUGGUGCUCCUUUUGGGCCCUUUCCCAGCUUGGUCAUCAAAGCUGCCAUGUACUUAGCAUUUUAUGGCUUCCUUAGGCCGGGCGAGUUCACGUGCGGUACGGCGGGACAGUGCAGCCUGCACAGAGAGCAGCUGGUGAGGGUGAUUGACCAUUACGCGCUGAAGAUAAUUACCACCAAAACCAGUCAAACUGGCCCCCCGGUGACGGUCCAGUUUUUUCCCACUAGCAAUGAAUGGUGCCCGUUACAGCCUCUUCUUUCACAAGAUGGUUCAGAAGAACAUCACAAUGUCCCACAGGAUGAUCAGGUUCUGAAUCCAGGUGAAGAUCUGAACAUUAUAUAUGUUACAGAGGCAUUUGAGAGGGGUGAUGAGCAGAGUAUAGAGGACAUUCCUACAGAUGACUGCCCAGAUGACUGUGCCACAAGCUCCAAGGAAGACCUGAUAUCUUCAGAUUUUACAGCAAAUGAUUGCAUAGAGGACACAUUUGAAGAGCAUCCCAUUGUUCCAUAUACACCUUCAGCCCAACAUAGCAACAAUCUGUCAUCUGAUCUUUUUCAAUGGGUUCUAUCUUUUGACUCAUCGCAGACUAUUCAGCAAAACAAAGAGCACAGAAUGGGUGAACAUCCAAGAACUCGCACAGGGGAGAAGCCAUAUUCAUGUUCAGAAUGUGGCAAAUGUUUUGUGCAGGAAUCAGAUCUCAUUAAACAUCAGAGAUUUCAUAGGGAUGCAAAACCAUAUUUGUGUUUAGAAUGUGGGAAAUGUUUUAUCCAGAAAUCAGGUCUUAUUAAACAUCAGAGAAAUCACACAGGGGAAAGACCAUUCUCAUGUUCAGAAUGUGGAAAACAUUUUAGUGUUAAAUCAGUUCUUGUUAAGCAUGAGAGAAUUCACACAGGGGAGAAGCCAUUUUCAUGUUCAGAAUGUGGGAAAUGUUUUAGCGUUAAAUCAGAUCUCGCUAGACAUCAGAGAAUUCACACAGGGGAGAGGCCAUUUUCAUGUUCAGAAUGUGGAAAAUGUUUUACUCAGAAAUCAACUCUUGUUAAACAUCAAAGAACUCACACAGGGGAGAAGCCAUUUUCAUGUUCAGAAUGUGGCAAGCGUUUUCAACAGAAAUCCGAUCUUGCUAAACAUAAAAGAACUCACACAGGGGAGAAGCCAUUUUCAUGUUCAGAAUGUGGGAAAUGUUUUACUCGGAAAUCGACUGUUGUUUCACAUCAGAGAGUUCACACAGGGGAGAAGCCAUUUUCCUGCCCAGAAGGAGUAAUGUUUUAAUACAAAUACAUCUCAUUUCCUAUAAGGAAUACACAGCGGUGAGGCGAUUUUCAUGUUCCCAAUAUUUUACCCACAAAUUACAUCAUUGAACUACACACACAGAAAUUGUCAUCUUUCAGUUACAGUCAAAGUAAAGUCAAGAGAACGGGAAAGCAAUAUGGAGGACAAAAUAAUAAUAAGAAAUGUAUAUGAUUACCAAUAAGUGUCUGUUAUCCCCCAAAAAACAUACAGAAUCCAGAUAAUGCACCUAUAGAUCCACCUUGUGCAUAGAAUAUUAAACACGAUUUAUAAUAAACAUUUGCUUUUAAAACUUC